CCUCCCCGUGGUGAGACCUGGGAAAUCGUUAUUAUUUGAUGGAUUAUUAAUAAUUGCAUCAUUAUUCCAAUGGUACACUUAUUAAUUAUGCAGCAAAUAAUACGAGCGAAUUGGCUGCGGUAUUUAUGCUUUUCUUUUUCUAUUUAAUCUCUGUUAUAUUUUUUUCAGGAACUACAUAUGUCUUUAAGAUUCUUCGUCAAGUGUACCCCACAUUGCAAAUACAAUUUUACGGAAAGAAAAUUAAUAAUAGUUUUGCUCGACAGCGCAAUACGACAGCGAUAUAAGUAUACAGAGAAAUCUAUGUAUAGAGUAUAGAAUAUAGAACAAUAAACAAAUGGAGAAGAUUAUGUCGUAUAGAAUAGGUACCGGCAUUUCUUGCAAGAAGAAAACGAGCAUAAAAAUGGUCGAUUUAUUCGAGAAGGAUAAAGGAAAUAUAUCAUUGCCAGCGAAAUUACAGUCAUGGCAGGAUGAGAAAGAGAAGAGUAAACCCACAAUUAUCAACACACAAAAAGCUUUUUACAAUAUUAAAAUUGGAGACAUUCAGAACAAAAUAAACAGGUUAGAAGAUCGAAACGAUGAGUUAUUAGAAAUUGAAGUUACCGAUGAACGUUCAGCGAUCAUAGACGCAGAAACAUCUGAUGAAAUUGCAAAUCUAAGCAAACAACUUUAUUCUCAAAACAAUAAAGUAGAUGAUGUAAAAACUAAAAUUGAUUAUGUGGAAAAUAACCGAAUAAAAGAUAAACACUCUCACGAUGAUAAAGUAGAAUUACUUAAUCAGCGAUACAAAGAGAAGAAAGUUGAAUUAGUUUCUCGGAUUAAAGUUUUAACUGCAAAAAUUAAUGGUCUGGAAGAUUUUAAAAAAACACAAAGAGGUUUGGAAGAAAAAUUUGAAAGAAAUGAACAACGGAUUUCAAAGAACGAGGAAGAGAUGAAAGAAUUGCUCGAGAGUGUUAAUCGAAAGUUUGAAUUUGAUAAGGAAAUGCUGAAAAAUGAAAUGUACCUGUGUCUUCUCGAUUUAGCGGCACAGUUUCAAGUAGAAACUGUCGAACAUAUAAGUUUACCAAACAAGAGAUUAAUGCGAGAAAACAUUAUGCUAAAAAAUGAAUUAUCCCAUAUUUCGAAGCAACUUUCCUCGGAAAAUGACAUUCAAUCUAUUCUCAAGAACUCGGUUGUAGACUACAGAAAAAAUAUCGUUAAAAAGUCUUUGCAUGUAAAACAAAAUAUAAUAACUAUAAAAAUACAGAAUGCUUUGUUAAAAUGUUUGAAAAAUAAGUUUCGAAGGACAAAGGGAUAUUUUUCAUCUAUCGAUGUUCCCGAUCGUACUAUGGAAAGCAAAUAUCUUAUCUUAAUUGAAAAUGCCCGUAACGAAGAAAAUUUAACAAACGUUCGUUUAUCAAAAUUAAAUGUUUUACUUGAAAAGGAGAGAACAAGAAUAGGGAUCGCAAAAUAUUUACAAAGAAGGUUAAAUUGUAAGAUAAAGGCGGCUGUAGAUACACUUUAUGAUCUAAAGUACAUUGCGAGGUGUUUGCUUGAGGUAUUUUUCAAUUUUUCAAUUUUUCAUGUAUCAAGGGUUGAAACCCUACUCCCACGAGUGUUAGAAUUUCGUACAGAAGAUUUAAAUGAUAUUUCGGAUUUUGAAAUAAUCACAGAAUCUCAAGAGAAAGAACAAAUCUUGGACAAAGUAAAAUUAAGCACAGAUUCGGAUAAAGAAACAAAAAUAUCUAUUGAAAGUAUCGACUUGAAAGAACAUUCAUCGACAGAUAUUUCAGAUAAUAUUAUGCCAUUCGAGUUAAAAGAUGAUUACAAAUUGUCUGAAAGUGAUGAAUACAUAGAAGAUGAAUCUGUAUUUAGUAUUGUUGAAUGA